CAAACCUCAACGCGCAAGACACGUCGAGAUACCAAAAUCACAUCACCGCUCUUGAUUUUUCAGCAUAGAAUACACUCUGCUACACCAGCGACAUUGACACGUUCCUUGUGGCACACCUGGAUUGCUCAAUAUGGGCGGUGCUCCAAUUACCCCACCAUUGGAAACCGGGCCAGCGCUCACGCCGCCGAAAGCACAGCGCAUUUCUCCACAUGUGACACUUCAGGCACCGCUUUCAAGGCGUGGAAGAGGACCAGGGCUGGUAUUGGUACUGGAUCAUUACGCCGCGAUUGAGGCCAGCGAGAAGCAUCUAGAUCCGCCGCCGCUGCAGAAAUGGGCAGAGGAGGGGUUUGCGGUUGUGCAGCUUCUUGUCCCUGGCAACGCGGCCGAAGAUGGUGGUGAAUUCCCACUCCAAAAAGCUCUGGACGUGCUCAAAGCAUGUAAAGGAUGCGAGUUUGACAAGGGUGUUGGAUUGAUUUCAUAUCUAACACGAAUUCCAUAUUAUGUCGAGGAAGGCGCCUGUCAAAACGCACACAUCAAAGCUCUCGUUUCCUACGGCGGCAGGAAGUUUAUUUCUCUCAGCGCAACCAGCCACCCACCACAGUUAAUCCACACAUCAGGACCUCCAGUCGCUCAUCGUCGCGCGUCAUCGACUGAAUCAGUAGGCAUCACUCCAGGCAUUGUCAAGACGUAUCGUUACGAGGACGCAGAGAAGGACUCUAGCUGGAUACUUCCCAGCGACCCAGACUACCACAAACGAAACGCUGGAAUCGCGCAUACCAGGAGUCUCACCUUCUUGAAGCCCUUGCUGGGUGGCCCGUUUUUCGAUCUUGAGGCCGUGUGGGAAGAGCAUACAAAGUAUGAGUUUGGGGAUCGAGAUGUCGGAAAGACAAUGGCCACAAUGGUCGACCAACCCUACGUCAACCACAUUCCCACGAUGGCCGGCGGCAUCGGCAAAGACCGCCUAACAAACUUCUACACGCACCACUUUGUCUUCAGCAACCCCCCGGACACGGCGCUCUCCCUCGUCUCGCGCACCGUAGGAAUCGACCGCGUAAUCGACGAAUUCGUCUUCUCCCUCACGCACACCAAGCACAUUCCCUGGCUCCUCCCCGGUGUUCCGCCGACGGGAAAACGCCUCGCCAUCCCCUUUACGUCUGUCGUUGCGUUGCGCGGCGAUCGCCUGUGCCACGAGCAUAUCAGCUGGGACCAUGCGACACUGCUGAAGCAAUGCGGCUUGUUGCCAGAUUACGUGCCGUUUCCGUAUGAGAUUAAGGGAGUGACGAGGGAGCAGGGGAAGCGGUUCGAGGUCCCGUUGCCCGUCGUCGGUGAAGAGGGGAGUAGGAAACUAGUUGACGAGGGUUCUGAAGAGAGCAAUCCGUUGAUGGGGGCGCAGUGGCGGGUCGUGGAUGAUGCGUGAACAGCGACAAGCGGAACGUGGGGCUUGUGCAUCUGGAUGCGAUAUACACAAGCCUUUUGAAUUCUGCCAGAAUGAAUUCUCUAGCGACGAGUCGAUGUAUUCUUGAUAUUGUCACAAAAAUACUAGGUUGGAUGCUGAAUUGGGUCUGCUAGGGAGACGGUAUUAGUUUGACAUGAACGAAUUUUA